CAUGCAACUCACCCAUAACGUCUCAAUUUCACACCCAUAAUGAAGAGAGCCAGAGAAGAUGAGCAGCAGACUGACGACUUGGUCAGUUGCUUGAUGCUACUAUCCAAACUAGACCGGAACCAUUCCUCCUCGAUCCGAAAACAACCCUCCUCCGGCCGCCUCUUUGCUUGCAAGACGUGUAACCGGGAGUUCUCGUCGUUCCAGGCCCUCGGAGGCCACCGAGCGAGCCACAAGAAGCCGAAGCCAGACAGUGGCGCUGCAGAUCUGUUACAGCAGCCUUCGUCACCAGAAAAGCCCAAGAAACACGAGUGCACGAUCUGUGGGAUGGAAUUCGCAGUCGGGCAGGCGCUUGGGGGACACAUGAGGAGGCAUAAGGAUGUUAUGAGUUCUGCGGCGGAGCGGAUUAGGGCGGCGGCCGUGCCGGUGUUGAAGAAAUCGAAUAGUAGUAAAAGGGUGUCGUGCUUGAAUCUGGACUUGAAUUUGGCGCCGCCUGGUUAUCAUUUGAUAUCUAAUUAAGAUCGAUGUAAUUGGAUCUGUAGUAGUCUAGUGUUGCAGAUAGUGAUUAUUUCUGUAGUCAUUUAAUUGAUUCGUUAUUUUAUAUAGAUACAGACAUACAGUAGAUGAAUUUUAAUUUU